UUGGUACCGCAUUGUAUUUACGCAAUUGAUUGUUUUCACCGCACUUAGGCUGGAGGUUCUCGAGUCACCGAAAUCUCGUCAGGCAAAAAUGCUGUCCCCCGGCGUAAAGGAGCGAAUUGGCGUUGUUUUUGAGGUCGUGAAAACCUCUUUUCAUUGGGGAUUUAUUCCAACAUUGUUGUAUUUAGGAUUCCGCAAAGGAUCGGAGCCCGGCAUGCCGCCACUAUCGAUAGCAAACUUAUUAUGGUAAUCUGCAGCUACUCUGGACAAAUGUGCAACAUCCCGAUUGUAUCUAUUAAAUGGGAAUAAAUCACUGUCCGUGCUGAGCAAAAUGUAACUGGAA